CAACAGCAGCUAAUUCCUGGAAAAGAAUAGCUAAAUGAAAGGAUCUUCCAGAUUAAAUGAGCUACGGUUCAAUCCAUACAGAACUAAAUCUUAAAAAAGCAGAGAUAACAUGUAAAGAAUUUGAUUCCAUGAUAAGAGAAGCUGCCACUUGGUUGGAUUCCAAGGUUCACUGUUGGUAAUGGAGCAGCUGUAAAGACUGCAGAGAAGAACAAUAUAUAUGGACCCAUCAUAAUCUAGGUUUCUUUCUUUCCUUCCUUCCUUCGGUAAAGAAUGCUGCUUUUCAUAUCCUGUGGUUCUAGUUUCUUCAUAUAUGCUUCUACUAUUAAAGAGGAAUAUUCAAAAUGCUCUGCUGAACUAAUAAUUGAGGCACCUUCCUUAGUCCCUAAUCUAAUUUCGACCCUAUAUACUUAGAUGAGAGGUGAGAGCACACUCAUCAAACAAUUUCAUAUUCAUCUCUGUUAUUUUUCCCUUGCAAUUAUAACCAAUUCCCAACGCCAAGAAUGGCUGAUGCAUUCAUCUCCGCGCUUCUGGAGCAACUGGCUUCAGUAGUUUUUGAACACACAAAACAAGCGGUGACACUCGUUUUGAAUGCUGAGGAAGAUGUUCAUAGUUUCAGCAGCCAUCUCAAUGCCAUCCAAGCUGUGCUGGAGGAUGCAGAAGAGAAACAAGUGAUGGAGGCCAGGGUGAGAGACUGGUUGGAGAAGCUCAAAGAUGUAUCGUACGAGAUGGAUGACGUCCUAGACGAGUGGAACACUGAAAUUCUCAAACAACAACUGGAGGAAGGUGAAAGUGCUUCUGUUACCAAGAAGAAGGUAUGUUUCCCCACUCCCGCCAAUUGCUUUUGUUUUGGCCAAGUCAGUAAGGCAAUCCAUCAUCAUAACAUUGCUACAAGGAUAAAGAAACUGAAUGAGAAACUAACUGUGAUUGCUGCUGAAAAAGAACAGUAUGACUUUCAUCUAUCCACAAUACGUGGCUCUGAUGAGCAGCUUAUUCAACGGCCAAAAACUUCAUCUUUGGUCGAUAUAUCUACAAUCUUUGGCCGAGAAGAAGAAAAAGAAUGUUUGUUAAGCAAGUUAUUGAGAGAGAGUAACCAGGAUGGGGGGAGGUUCCUUGUCAUCCCUAUUGUAGGGAUGGGAGGGAUGGGGAAAACAACUCUUGCCCAAUUAGCCUAUAACGAUGAAAAAGUUACAACCCAAUUUGAUAAGAAAGUCUGGGUUUGUGUCUCAGAUCCUUUUGAUGAGAUUAAGAUUUCUAAAGCGAUCACUGAAAAUCUGGGUGGGGCCCAAAGUAGUUCAAAUGAGUUGGAAACUCUAAUUCUAUGUAUAAAGUCACACGUUGAGAAUAAGAAGUUUCUCCUCGUCCUAGAUGAUGUGUGGACAGAGGACAAAACCAAGUGGGAAAAUUUGAAACUACCGGUAAUAAUGCAAAGUUGUGCUAAAGGCAGUACGAUACUGGUGACCACGCGAAAACAAGGGGUUGCUAAAAUGAUGAAGGCAACUAGUAACAUGAUCCUUUUAGACAAGUUGAGGGAUAGGGAUUGUCUAGCAUUGUUCAAUAGCAUUGCAUUUUUGGAUAGGGAAGAAGAUGAGGCUAAUGGGUUUGGAGUUAUUGGUGAGGAAAUUGUGAAAAAGUGUAAAGGUUUGCCUCUUGCGUUAAAGACUUUAGGCAGUUUAGUGUGGCAUAAGAAAACAAGAGAGGAAUGGCGGGAGGUUCUGAACAGUAAGGUAUGGGAAUUAGAAGAAGUUGAGGAACAAGUUUUCCGACCACUAUUACUAAGUUAUUACGAUUUGACCCCAGCAGUCAAGAGGUGUCUUUUGUAUUGUGCUAUAUUUCCUAAAGAUUAUGAGUUACGAAAAGAUAAUUUGAUUGAGCUUUGGAUGUCACAAGAUUAUCUUAAUUCAAAGAAAAACAAACAAAAGAGAAGAAUAGGUCAAAAUUAUUUUGAAAGUCUAGCAAUGCGGUCUUUCUUUCAAGAUUUUAGAAAAGAUGAUACGGGAAAUAUUAGAGGGUGUAAGAUGCAUGAUAUUGUGCAUGACUUUGUGCACUCUCUUACUAAAAAAGAAAUCAUUAUUAUAGAAGCAGUUGAGGGUGCUAAUCAAAGAAUGGAGCUAUCGGGUGAUAAAGUUCGUCAUUUGACCUUAACAAGUUUACCCGAAGGUCCACUUUCAUUUCCUACUUCAUUUUACAAUUGCAAAAAUAUGCGUACCCUCACACUCCCUUAUUCAAGCAUUACAACCAUAAGCCUCGGUUCAAUUAUGCAAAUGAAAUGUCUUAGGACAUUGAAUUUGAGUCAUAAAAUCCUCAAUGAAGUUCCAAAAGAGAUCGGGGAAUUGAUUCAUUUGAGAUGCAUGGAUUUGUCUCACAGUGGCAAUUUGAAAGAAUUACCGGAUGCUGUGUGUGAUUUAUACAAUCUACAAACUCUGGUCCUUGAGGGGUGCUCAGAACUUCAGAAACUACCCAAAGCAAUGGGAAAGUUGAUUAACUUAAAGCAUCUAUAUGUUCGGAAUUGUUAUAAGCUGAGGUACUUACCAAAAGGGAUUCGGAGUUUGAAAAUUCUGGAAGCACUAGAUUGCUUUUAUGUGUGUGAGGGUAAUGACGAAGCAUUGAGAUUAGGAGAUCUCGGAACCAUGGACCAGCUUCAGGGGAGCCUUUGGAUAGAAAGAUUGGGGAAAGAUGAUGCGAGUGAGAUUGAGAAAGCCCAGUUCGGGAAUAAGGAGCACCUCUCUCAUUUGGGAGUAGGUUUCCAGGUUGGAGAUGGAGAUGGAGAUGAUGAUGCAGUGCAGAGAAAAGGUGAUGAAGAAAUACUGAAUGCAUUGCAACCACAUCAAAAUUUGGAACAUUUAUCCAUUUGGAAUUGCCAUGGCACCACCAAGUCUCUCUAUUGGAUCAAGUCUUUACACAACUUGAGAAAAGUUGAUCUCUUAAAUUGGGAGUUUUGUGAACUUUUGCCUCCUCUUGGAAAAUUGCCAUCGCUUGAAAUUUUGGACAUAUGGGUGAUAGAGAAAGUGAAAAAGGUGGGAGUAGAAUUUCUGGGAAUAGAAAAAGAAGAAGAACAAGUCUCAGGAAUUCUAUUUCCCAGAUUGAAACAACUCUCUUUUAUUGGCAUGCCCAACUGGGAAGAAUGGGAAGGAAUAAUAAAGAAUUCUUCUGAAAUUCAAAUAAUGCCAUGCCUUUCUUACUUGGAAAUUACUCGGUGCCCAAAGCUAAAAGCACUGCCAGACUUGCUCUACAAGAUAACAACACUGCGGACUUUGAAGAUCACGUCUUGUGAAAUUCUGGAAAGAGAUUAUCAAAAAGAUGUGGGGAAGGAGUGGCACAACAUUUCUCAUAUCCCAAACCUCACAAUUGAAUCUCCAUGGAAUUGAACAGAGAAAAUCCCACCAACCUAUAAUUUUUCCGUGGAUGAGGAUGUGUUUUCUCUCUUUAAUUACUUGGCGUGCUUCUGAAUGAUGGGCUUCCAUGUCCUCUCAUGGAUGCACACUGCACUCAGGAUCUUCAUCAGGAAGAACUUGCAAAUGCAAAUGGAAUGUGCGCCAGUCAAUCCGGAUAUGGUAACUGAGAAUCUUAAGUUACACUUGAGGACCACAUUGAAGCUUCUAGGACUAAUAAUGUCAUUGGAGUUGUCAAGCUGAUGAAGCUCUCUAGAUAGAAAAGGUAGUGACUGAAUUAACUUGUGAAGUUAGAGUUCAUCCAAUCUGAUCUGCUUAUGCAACAUGCUGGGGGUAUGGAGGUAUGGACUAUUCUUCAGUAGCUUAAAUGUUUCAAAGCCUCUUAGGUACAGGAGUUGGUUGUUAAUUUGUUGAACGGUCUAAAAAUUUAACUCCAGGUGGAGAAAUGAAUCUGAUUUUGAUGAACACAUUCUAUGCAAGACGGAAUAUGUAUCAGGCGGACUUUCACCACAAAGGAAAUUUGGUGGAAGCUUUUUGUGAAAUGGACAUUAAUGCUGAUCGGGAUUUGGUAAAUGGGACUUGAAAGAUUUUGUAUAAUCUGCAUCCUAACAAUAAACAUGGAGCCCGGUAAAUGGUGUGAACUCAAGACUGAAAGAUUUAUUGGAUAUCCUCUAGAACCAAACCCUAUCACUUCACCAUCAUUGAAGUUACAGGUUCAUGUUAAAAGUUCAGUGUGAAGCUUGAUAAGUGUUUUACUUGGAUAAAGGAUUUGAAGAUGCAAAAUCAGUUGAAGUUAAAUGGUGGUUUUGUAACUGGAGCUACAGGAUUCUGUUGAGUGACAUUGGUUGCUUAUCUGUUGAGGCACCAAAUGAUCAUUAACUCCCGCUGGAGAAACGAACACAUUGUACGAAGGAGGAUUAUCUAGCAGUGGUGGUACGCACCAAAAAGAUGGUUUUAGGUGCGUACCACCACUGCUGGGUAAAAGAUAUCAGCAUUUUAAGUAAUCCAGUUAACGGGAGUUGGAAGCUGUUUGUGCAAUCUGUAUCAAAUAGUAGCCAAGGUAAAUGUAUUCUGAAAGAUUCGUUGGGCAUCGUCUCACUCAAACUCGACCAACAUCAUCUCGUUGAAGAAGAAAAAAAACUCCUCCAAAAAUGUUAUAGUUAAUUGAACUUCCUAAGCCCGAGUUCAUCCAAGCUGAUUUUCCGAUGCAGCAUGGCCAGGUACUAAGAGCUUGUUGCGAUUGGCUCGCCAUUGGCGUCAUGGAUUCAAGUACUGGUGCAAUUGGACUAAGAAAAGAGGAUGAAUUACAGAUCCGGCAUUUCGUGACCAGUCAGCAGCUGACUGCGUGCCAAUUAAGUGUUAAUCAUCAUUCCUUCCCAUUUUUGAGGAAUCUGAAUUGGGCCAAACUUGUUACCCACCGCCUAUAGUAUAUAAAUAGGCGUUGGGAAGCCUAUAAAACAUGAGUUUUCCAAGUACUACAUUAAGAGUAUCAGUUAUAAGCUGCCUAUAGAAUAAUGGUAGCCUAAGGGCAAGAGAGAAAGAUUCUAGGGCUGGGAAAAGUGUUGUGAGAGAAAUCUUGGCGGAUUUUUUGUAUCACAAGCUAAUGAAAUCUUUCGAAGGAUCUCUCCCGAGGA